UGUGGCAGCGUAAGGGGCCAUUCGUCACGAUCACUCCAAUCCGCAUAUGCCUUUCUCUCGAUAACAUUCCCGAAUCUUGUCGAAGUACAGACGCAAUUGCAGAGGAUCGGUAUUAUGUUCGUAGCAAUUGAUGAAUUCGUCUCCAGCGAAUCAAGUUAGGGUUUCGAUGCUGCUUCACUUGUGAUUGUUUAUGCGAAUGGAGGCUCUGCAACAAAGAGUAGAAUCAUGGAUCAGAGACCAAAGAACAAAGCUCUUGAAGGUCACUUGGCCACAACAAUGGCCGGUUGCUAUGAAAUGGCCUUGGAUCAAAGGGAGAGAACAGAGGAAACGAAUGAACGAAGAGUAUCAGCGUCGGAAGAAGCAACUUCACAAUCUUUGUAUCGCGGUUAAGGCCGAUUCUCUUUCGGAUUUGCAGGAUAUUCUUUGCUGUAUGGUGCUUUCGGAGUGUGUUUACAAGAGACCUGAUGCUGAAGUGGUUCAAGCUGUGAAUAAAUUUAAAGCGGACUUUGAUGGUCAAGUUGUUUCUUUGGAGCGCAUUCAGCCAUCUUCAGAUCAUGUUCCUCACAGGUAUCUAUUAGCAGAAACUGGAGAUACAUUAUUUGCUUCCUUCAUUGGAACCAAGCAAUACAAGGAUAUGAUGGCUGAUGCAAAUAUACUUCAAGGUGCCAUAUUCCAUGAUGAUGCCAUAGAAGAUACUGACGAAAUAUUAACAGUUGAGGGCCAAAAGAAAACUUCAGACGAUGCUCCGAAGACCCUUGGAGCAAAGCCUCAGCAAGGAGUAACUUCAACUAAACCUGCUGCUCAUAGGGGUUUUAUGUCUCGUGCUAAAGGAAUACCUGCUUUGGAACUAUACAAGCUGGCUCAGAAAAAGAAACGAAAACUUGUUCUCUGCGGACAUUCACUUGGUGGAGCAGUUGCUGUUUUAUCUACCCUUGCAAUCUUGAGGGUGAUUGCAGCUGCUUCUUCAUCAAAAGAACAUGAAAAAGUUCAUGUGAAGUGUAUCACCUUUUCCCAGCCUCCUGUUGGAAAUGCCGCCUUGAGAGAUUAUGUUAGUGAGAAAGGGUGGCAGCAAUACUUUAAAACUUACUGCAUUCCUGAGGAUCUUGUUCCCCGAAUAUUAUCCCCUGCAUACUUUCAUCACUACAAUGCACAUCCUUAUUCACCUCCGAUUGACGCUAAGAAGUCAAGUUUAUCAACAUCAAAACAAGACAUAAUAUCGGAGAGACAAAAGACAAAAGUUAAGGAGAACGAAAGAGAGCAGUUAGUUUUGGGUUUGGGACCCGUACAUAACUCCUUUUGGAGACUUUCCAAGCUUGUUCCUAUAGAUGCUGUCAGAAGACAACUUAAUAAAUACACCGGCAAUAAAUUUGGUUCUUCUGUGAAUUCUGCUGCUGAUUCCAAUGUAACAUCUUCAAUUGAAGACACAGAAGAUGCUCCACAGUCCCUUGAGAUUGAAGAAGAUUCUGAUGGCAUUUCUCUCAAACCAUUCCCCACGGCGGAUAAAGGGGAUCCAGGUGAAACAAUAAAUGGCAACUUGUCUGGAAAAAGUAAAUUAUCUGACAAACCUAAGGUAUGGCACAGAGUGCCUGCCUUACCUUCAUAUGUCCCAUUUGGACAGCUUUAUCUUUUGGGGAAUUCAUCUGUGGAGUCUCUAUCUGGUGCUGAGUACUCAAAGUUGACAUCGGUUAAGUCCGUAAUUGCUGAACUGAGGGAACGACUUCAAUCACAUUCUAUGAGAUCAUAUAGGUCCAGAUUCCAAAGGAUUUACAAUGAUUGCAUGAGAGAUAGCUCUUCAUCCUUCUUGGGAAUGGAUCAACAACAGCAAUUUCCCCAGUUACAAAAAUGGCUUGGUAUUUCACUUGCUAAUACCGUCGAGCUUGGACAUAUUGUGGAGUCUCCUAUUAUAUGCACAGCUACUUCUGUUGUUCCGCUUGGAUGGAAUGGCGUUCCUGGUGAAAAGAACGUCGAGCGUAUUAAAGUAGAUAUUACUGGUAUUGGUUUGCAUCUAUGUACCCUAGUUCAAGCCAGAGUUAAUGGCAACUGGUGCUCAACAACAGUUGAAGCCUUCCCUUCUGGGGCGACUAACCAUUUGGAUCAUGGAGUCGAGUCAGACAUACAAAAGAUACGAGUUUUAGUCGGGAGACCUUUAAGGCGACCUCCAAAGCAUCAAAUAACCACAGAUUCAUUAAUCUCAGCAUUUCCUUCUAUUGAUCUAAACCCUGUUGAUCAAAGUAGGUCACAGAAUCUCCAAGCAUUCAAUUUGGGGAAAUUUAUAUGCCCUGAAGGUCUUAGCGAUUUUUUUAUAUUUUGUACAACCGAUUUUUCUACCAUCUCAAAAGAGGUUCAUGUUCGGACCCGUAGGGUCCGAUUGGUCGGCCUUGAGGGUGCUGGCAAAACGUCUCUAUUAAAGGCAAUCCUAGAUGAAGGGAGGGUAAACGUUUCGACCAAUGUCGAGAAUUUUCCUAUGGAUGUCGAUGUUCAAGAAGGCACUGCAGGCGGUCUAUGCUUUACAGACUCGGCAGGAGUAAAUUUGCAGGAUCUAAAUAAGGAAGCCGCUCGCUUUAAAGACGAACUAUGGAUGGGGGUUCGUGAUCUUGGUACAAAAACCGAUUUAAUUGUUUUAGUGCAUAAUUUGUCACACAAAAUACCAUGGUAUACGCAGUCAAACGCAUCAACUCGCCAACCGGCCCUCUCGUUUUUGCUGGAUGAGGCUAAAGCACUUGGAAUCCCUUGGGUCCUUGCUAUAACUAAUAAAUUUUCCGUGAGUGCUCACCAGCAAAAGCCGGCAGUGGAAGCUGUUCUUCAGGCAUAUCAAGCAACUCCAAGCACAACCGAAGUUAUUAAUUCAUGCCCGUAUGUAAUGCCUAGUGCUGCAAAUAUUUUUGCUUCUGUGGGUGAAGGGAGUACAGAUAAUGAUGCGAGUACGGGUCCUCAUAAACUGAUUGCAGCUCCCAUUAAUUUGCUUAGAAGAUCCUUCCAAAAGAAAAGCACCAUUCUUCCUGUGGAGGGUGUAGGUGCUCUUUGUCAACUUGUUCACCGUGUUCUUCGCAAUCACGAGGAAGUAGCUUUGCAGGAACUUGCAAAGGACAGACUUAUGGUGGAAUUAGCAAAAGAGAGAGAAUCGGCAGUCGAUGCAAGCCAAGAUGCGAUGGCGAAGGCGAACUCCAUGACAGCUGCAGCGGUGGGUGCUUCGGUUGGGGCUGGGGUUGGUCUUGUUAUGGCCAUUGUUAUGGGUGCAGCUUCUGCAUUGAGGAAGCCUUGACAUAUGGCUUUCUCAUAAAAUGAAGAUAUUGUCUUGGUAGAUUUUGGGUUCUAGUGAUGGAUGUUAAUUUGUAGAUUGUAUUGCUGUAGGAUUUAGAGGUGACAUCCAUUUGUUUAUUUGAUUGCUAGUCCAUAAUUAUGUCAAAACUGGAAAAACUUUAUAGCAAAGACGAUUCUUUCUCCAUCUAAUCUACAGGUCAUCUUUGUGAAAAAUGAGGGCCUAAACGGCCAUCGUGGUGCAUUUGGUAUGCCGUAUUCGGGACAAAGUUGGGUAAAAACAAAUCUCACGUUUGGUGAGACAUUUAGACUG